CGUGCCCGCGCAUACAAAACGCCGUGCCUCGAGCUCAUCCAUCUCAUCUCACUCGGCGUCGCCCGCCACGCGCCACUUCGCUUGUCAGAUUUUCUCAGUCACAGUCACAGCCUCACAGGUCACUUGCUUGUAGCUGUACUCCUCGGCUUCUCCCCCAUGGACUGCGACAGGGACUGCGGCUCGGACGCCGGCGCCGAGUGGGUUUGGGUGCGCCGGCCGGCGGAGGCGGAGGCCGUGGCCGCGGCGGCCGGGUGGUCGGCGGCUGCGGCGGAUGAGGAAGCGCGGCCCCUGAAGGUAGUGUUCGCAUCGCCGGCGAGGUACUUCACUGACGCGUCACCGAUCGGGAAUGGCCGCCUCGGUGCCAUGGUGUGGGGCGGCGUCGAAUCCGAGAGGCUCCAGCUUAACCAUGACACUCUGUGGACAGGUGGACCUGGUAAUUAUACAAAUCCCAAAGCACCUGCUGUUCUUUCUAAAGUACGGAGCCUUGUUGACAAUGGAAAGUACCCUGAAGCCACAGCUGCUGCAUAUGAUCUGUCUGGUGACCAAACACAGGUCUACCAACCUCUUGGGGAUAUUAAUCUGAUCUUUGGUAAGCAUAUCAAGCACACAAAUUACAAAAGAGAGCUAGAUCUUCACACUGCAACAGUCAAUGUCACAUAUACUGUUGGGGAGGUACUCUACUCAAGGGAACAUUUCGCCUCAAACCCACAUCAAGUCAUUGUGACUAAAAUCUCCGCUAACAAACCAGGAAAUAUCUCUUUUACAGUGUCUUUAACUACUCCACUAGACCAUAAGAUUCGUGUAACAGAUGCAAAUGAAAUAAUCAUGGAGGGUAGCUGUCCAGGUGAAAGGCCUCAAAAAGACAACAAUGCCUCUGAUCAUCCCAGCGGAAUUAAAUUUUGUGCCAUUCUUUACCUGCAUACGAAUGGGGCUAAUAGCAAAAUGGAAGUAAUAAAGGAUAAGAUGCUGAAACUUGAUGGUGCGGACUCUGUUGUUUUGCUUCUCGCAGCUGCUACUUCAUUUGAAGGGCCAUUUAUCAAACCUUCAGAAUCUAAACUGGAUCCAGCGGUAUCGGCUUUCAUGACAUUAACCGUGGCUAGGAGCAUGUCAUAUUCACAGCUAAAAGCGUACCAUAUGGAUGAUUACCAGAGUCUUUUCCAUCGUGUUUCCUUGCAACUUUCACAAGGCUCUAACUAUCAGCUUGGGGACAAUAGAAUAGGUCAGUCUGCACAGGCUGGCUCUCAGGAUGCUACUGUGUCAAAUUAUGCUUUUCUAAUAGCUGACUGCACCAGAUCCGCAGUCCUUAAUGAUUCUGUGAAGCCUACGGUAGACAGAAUUAUAACUUUUAAGGAAAAUGAAGACCCUUCUCUGGUAGAACUUCUGUUUCAAUUUGGUCGCUAUCUACUCAUUUCAUGCUCAAGGCCUGGAACCCAGAUUUCCAACCUGCAAGGGAUAUGGAGCAAUGACCCUUCACCACCAUGGGAUGCAGCUCCCCAUCCAAAUAUAAAUCUGCAAAUGAAUUACUGGCCAGCGCUUCCAUGUAACCUUAGCGAAUGCCAAGGACCACUGUUCGACUUUAUCGGCUCCCUAUCAGUCAAUGGGGCUAAGACAGCAAAAGUGAAUUAUGAAGCUAGCGGCUGGGUCAGUCACCAAGUCACAGACCUGUGGGCAAAAACAUCACCGGAUGCUGGUGAUCCUGUAUGGGCUCUAUGGCCAAUGGGUGGGCCAUGGCUUGCCACUCACCUUUGGGAGCACUACAAUUUUACAUUGGACGAACAAUUUUUAUGGAAAACAGCAUAUCCACUACUGGAAGGAUCAGCUUCCUUUUUGUUGGAUUGGUUAAUUCAAGGACACAGGGAAUAUUUGGAGACCAAUCCUUCUACUUCUCCGGAACAUUAUUUUAUUGCUCCAGAUGGUAAGAAGGCCUGUGUGAGCUACUCAACAACCAUGGACAUGUCAAUUAUACGGGAAGUUUUCUCAGCUGUUAUAUUGUCUGCUGAUAUUUUAGGGAAAUCGGACACUGAUGUGGUUCAGAGAAUAAAAAAGGCACUGCCAAAUCUCCCACCAGUGAAAGUUGCUAGAGAUGGUACAAUCAUGGAGUGGGCACAAGACUUUCAGGAUCCUGAGGUUCAUCACAGACAUGUCUCUCAUUUGUUUGGUCUUUACCCUGGACAUACUAUGUCACUUGAGCAAACACCUGACCUCUGCAAAGCUGUUGCCAAUAGUCUUUAUAAAAGAGGUAAUGAAGGCCCAGGUUGGUCUACUUCAUGGAAGAUGGCCCUAUGGGCCCAUCUUCACAACAGUGACCAUGCAUACAAAAUGAUACUGCAGCUAAUCACUUUGGUGGAUCCAGAACAUGAGGUUUCAAGGGAAGGAGGCCUGUACAGUAAUCUGUUCACUGCACAUCCACCUUUCCAAAUUGAUGCUAAUUUCGGGUUCCCAGCUGCACUGUCGGAAAUGCUGGUACAGAGCACUGGGACUGACUUGUACCUGCUCCCUGUUCUACCCCGCAACAAGUGGCCUCAUGGCUGUGUUAAAGGCCUGAAGGCACGAGGUGGUGUGACUGUAAACAUCAGCUGGAAGGAAGGGAGCCUCCAUGAAGCUCUGAUGUGGUCUAGUAGUGGGCAGAAUUCCCUUGCAAAGCUGCACUAUGGAGACCAGACUGCCACCAUCAGCAUCUCUUCGGGCCAAGUCUACAGGUUCAGCAGGGAUUUGAAGUGCUUGAAGACUUGGCCACUGUGAUGGCGCAUAUCUGCUUCACUCGGAAGGUAGAAUCAGCGGUGGAGAAAAUUCAAGAAACCUUCUGGGAAGCCAGCAAAAAAUCAAUUUCAAUAAAUCGUCACUUGAGCAUGUUUUUACAGUCGCUUGAGCUAUAUAAUGUGUUAAUUUGCGUUUCAGUGCAUACAUGUUUAGACAUCACACCAUCUUACACUGGGCAUGUGCAUUCUGUAGUUUCUGUCAACAUUUCCUAUGGAUGACAAUAUGCUGCUGAGCAGGUAAGAGAUGAAAAUUUGUUUCGCAAAAAAAAAA